AUGUCCAUAAUCCUCCCAUAUCAUUAUCUGAAAGUUUCUCAGAAGGAGAAAAAACCAUUGAGCCUGGAAGAUUUGGAAGAACUUUCCAUAUAUAAAGAAAUCACCAAUACCAGACAGAAGAAUUCGAUUUUAUUUGCAAAAAUCUUAUUUGUGAUGAUUCUUUGCUGCACCGUGUUGGGAGUGUCGUAUCUUGCUUCAUUUGACUCGCUCGAAUCAUCGGAUGAAACCAAUGAGACCAUCCCAUUUAAUCAAACUAUCCAAUACUUGAACGCAACCACUACUAGGAACUCCUCCUCCUUGUCUUACACACCAUCAUCAUCAUCAUCAUCAUUAACAACCACGACAACGGUAUUAUCAUCGCCAUCACAGGAUAAUGCGAUUUACUUUCCUCCAUAUUACCAAAACGCCUUGAACAAAAUCCACAUAAUUGAGAAAAUUGAAUGA